AUGACGUUCAAAAUUCCCGGUGCCUUUAAAAGGUUUUUCACUGAAUUUUUCAGAUCACGAAGUAACUAUGAACAGUUACCAAAACUUCAAAGAUUGGAGAACAAGAACAAGAAAAUUGAACCCAGCUCAUCAGAUACGAAGCCUGAACACCAAGGUCUGAAACUAGCAACUUUUCAACUGACUCCAACUAUCACACUGCUUAUAUUCCGGGUGUCCAACAACUCUGCGUAUUUGAACUUGGCCAGGCCGAACUCGGACCUUAUGGAGUGUCGUUCGAAAAAACAGACGGUCCGGGACGAGUCUUAUACAGCGGUAAAAAGUCGAAGAAAGAAAAGCCCGAAGCGAGUCGGAGAACAGGCACUUAGAAUCGGAGGGUAG